ACACAUAAGUCUCUUUUACUGGUAAAUUAAAUUCAUCUGCUUUUCAACAUCAUUUCUUAACUGGUCUGCUUCCUCUAUAGUCGAAUAGUUCCGCCCAGGCUGCAUCAUGUGAUCAGUCAGCUGGUACAGUGACGUCACGCCAAUCCCGGUAUGGAUGGGAUGGGAAGUUCCCCUGCUCCCCUGGAGGUCAUGGGUAUGUUGGCUGCAGGGCUUGAGCUGUGUCACGUGGUUGUACCCAAAUUGACUGGAGACCGUAGAUAUUAACCAGUAACAUAGCACUUCAGGCUCUAGAAUGGGAUUAGCAUCUUCCCCCCUUUUCCAGACAUGCUUUUAGCGAAAACAGCCCAUGAGGUGUUGCUUCGCCUUCUUCUUUUCCCAUCAGGCUCUGGGGGCCCUCCACGCCCUAAUGCAUCAGAGGUUCUAACCCAGCACCUUUUACAACGGAAUUUGCCUCCUUGGACUUCCUACUGUGUUAAGUAUAGCUCUGUUUCCAAUGACCAGUUUGCUCUGUCCAACUUCAACUGGGACGUGAAAGGGACAAAUUACCAUAUUCUCCGAACAGGCUGCUUCCCAUUCAUUAAAUAUCACUGCUCCCGAGCUGCCCCCCAGGACCUGAGGCUCCACAACCUUUUUUUCACGGCACUCAAAGCCAUAAAUCUAGGCAUCCCGACACUGAUGUAUGGCUUGGGGUCCUGGCUGUUUGCCCGAGUCACUGAGACUGUCCCAACCAGCUGCGGGCCAGUGACCAUCUACUUUCUCAUCAAGGAGGACGAAGGGGCCUUGUUCUGAGAUAUGCUGCAAUGUAGUUCUCGUACCUUCUGUUCAAGUUGUCCCUUGGUGCCAUCAUUUCCAUUUUACUCACCUUCAGUCCAACUCUCCACCCCACAGUUCUUUCCAUCCCCAUUUGAUCCCUUUUACUGUCCCAUAUUUCUACUAGAACCAAUGAGACUUAUUUCUGAUUCUGCCUUUUGUUAUUUCAUGCUAUUUAUUUUAGUAACGUUUGACAAAUAUAAAUGAAGGUUAUUCAUAGUACUUAA